ACAUACUCCUGGGGUCAACAGUAAUACUUGAUAAUGGUCAGCAUGAGUAUUCUUUAAGAGAUAUGGAGUUCAAUGGGACUUACUUCCAGUUCCUGUAUUUAUUGACAAGAUAAGUACACUGCUGUGGUUAUUUUGGAAAAUCCUAACAAGUCACUGGGCAGCAGUUUACAAGAUCCCUUUUCCCUUGCCUAAAACCAGAGUGAAUCGGAGUUUCCAAGGACCGCCGAGGAAUUAGUCAUCUACGCUUUACCGCCAGCAAACUGCAUACUCAUUUUACUGACCUCGGAAUGUUGGAAUGCUGAGUCAACUUCGAGCUGGCUACCUGAACCAACUUGGAUGAGCUGUGCUGUUACCUUCUUGUGGAAAAUACAAAAUAUUGAGAGCCCAAUCAAAAAGCCUGUUCGUUUGUUUUGGUGUUAGCAUGUGAGAAAGGAGAGGAAAGGAACGGAACUGGGAUCAGAACGUUGACUACAACACUAUGCUGUAACUCUGUGAUGGUGCAAGAGACAUCCUCAUCCAAAAUGAUAACCUGUGGACCAGCCUUGUCAUUUGUUCGGUGCCUUUUGAGGCGAAAAACCAUCACUCCGGACAGCCUUGAAGAUUCCAAAUUAUGUCGCUGCUUAUCUACUGUGGACCUUAUUGCUCUAGGAGUUGGAAGUACCCUUGGGGCAGGUGUUUAUGUCCUUGCUGGAGAAGUUGCAAAGGCUGAUUCUGGACCUAGUAUUGUUAUUUCUUUCCUCAUAGCUGCCUUAGCUUCUGUGAUGGCAGGUCUCUGCUAUGCUGAAUUUGGUGCUCGUGUUCCAAAAACCGGCUCUGCCUAUCUAUAUACUUACGUAACUGUUGGUGAACUCUGGGCUUUUAUCACUGGCUGGAAUCUCAUUUUGUCCUAUGUGAUAGGGACAUCAAGUGUAGCAAGAGCAUGGAGUGGCACCUUUGAUGAGCUACUUGGAAAACAAAUUGGUUAUUUUUUUAGAACCUACUUCAGAAUGAAUUACUCUGGUCUAGCAGAGUAUCCAGAUUUUUUUGCAGUCUGUCUUAUAUUACUUCUGGCAGGUCUGUUAUCAUUUGGCGUAAAAGAAUCUGCGUGGGUGAAUAAAGUCUUCACUGCCAUUAACAUCUUGGUCCUCCUCUUUGUGAUGAUUUCUGGUUUUGUGAAAGGCGAUAUGAGCAACUGGAAGAAAACAGAAGAAUUUCUUAUAAACUACACAGUAUACGUCGAAAACAUCUCCUUUUCUGAGAACGUGACCAGUGCAUUUGGAGCUGGUGGCUUUAUGCCAUAUGGUUUUACAGGAACACUGGCUGGUGCAGCAACUUGCUUCUAUGCCUUUAUAGGAUUUGACUGCAUUGCAACAACUGGUGAAGAGGUCAAGAAUCCCCAGAAAGCCAUACCCAUUGGAAUUGUCACUUCCUUGCUGGUCUGUUUCUUGGCCUAUUUUGGUGUGUCAGCUGCUUUAACUCUUAUGAUGCCUUACUACUUAAUAGAUGAGAAGAGUCCUCUCCCCGUAGCAUUUGAAUAUGUUGGAUGGGGCCCGGCAAAGUAUCUCGUAGCAGUGGGAUCCCUGUGUGCUUUAUCUACAAGCCUCCUUGGAUCCAUUUUCCCAAUGCCACGCGUAAUCUAUGCUAUGGCGAAGGACGGGUUGCUUUUCAAAUGUCUAGCUCAAGUCAGUCCCAAAACGAAGACUCCGCUUGUUGCUACUUUGUUGUCUGGGGCUGUAGCAGCUCUAAUGGCUUUUCUUUUUGACCUAAAAGCCUUAGUAGACAUGAUGUCUAUUGGUACACUCCUUGCCUACUCCCUGGUUGCAGCUUGUGUUCUCAUUCUUAGGUACCAGCCCAGUUUAAAUUAUGAGCAACCAAAAUAUUCCACCGAAAAAGAGGCUCUUGCAGGAUCAGAGAGGGAAUCGACAGCAAGCGAAUCACAAAUGAGUAUCCUGGAAGGGCACCGUUUCAGCCUCCUAACCUUGAUUAAUCCAUCAAGCCUGCCAACUGAACACUCUGCCACCAUGGUCAGCUUUCUGGUGAGCUUGUUGGGUGUUGUCAUUUGUGGCUUAAGCAUUCUGAUCACCUAUGGGAUUAACUUCCUUGCCAAUCUGGAGCCCUGGAGUAUUGGCCUGCUUGCAGCUCUUGUAGUGCUGUUUGCAAUUGUCAUUUUUGCCAUCUGGAGGCAACCUCAGAGUCAACAAAAAGUAGCAUUCAUGGUUCCAUUCUUGCCAUUUUUGCCAUCUCUGAGUAUCCUGGUCAAUGUUUACUUGAUGGUACAGUUAAGCGGAGAGACGUGGGUUCGAUUUAGCAUCUGGAUGGCUUUUGGUUUCUUCAUUUACUUUGCUUAUGGCAUACGGCAUAGUACAGAGGGCCGCCCUAGGGAAGAAGAUGACGAAGACAGUCUGGAAGGCCAUCCUGGUGAUGAAGACAGCUGUUUAGGAAAAACUGCAGCUCCUGAAAAGACUCCUCUGACAGGGCCCAAUGAAGAUGAAAAUUCACACGAAAGCGCUUGCUUUAUUACCAGCGAAAAGACAAGUGAAUGUUAACGGCUGCCCAUUGCUGCAUCACGGGUGUCUGUCUGUCAAGCAAUGAACUUCAAAGGAAAAGAGUUGCUAAAAGAAAUAGUCAAACUCUGAUGAAGAAUUAACAAUAACAAACACCUUACAAAAAUGUCUACUAGAAAGCGUGAUGGAUGAUCUAGAUUGGCUGAUAGAUGGAAUCUUAUCCAGGGCUGAUUCCCCUGUGAUGGUGGCUGUAUCUCAGACAACAACAAUGACAAUGAUGGGAAGGAAUAUGUUCAAGUCAGCUGAUUUGAAUUCUCUGUCAUGCAGAACACUUUGGUGACUUAUUUCUUAGCAGAGUCCUACAUCUUGAAUUGGCAAUUGAUUAGAACCGUUAACUAAUUCCUAAGAAGAGCUUAAAGGUGGGCUGUCUGAAGCAUCUUGGUUUGUAUUUUGGGAGGCGUGUGGCGGUGAUGUCUCAGUGUUAAACGUGUUUUGACAACCUGGUAAUUGACUGUUUCACAUUAACAAUGAAUAUCCGAAUUAAAAACCCCAAAACACUCAAUA